AAGCGCCUUCUUUUUCUUCCACAGGGUUUUUAUCUGUGAAUGCUCUUCAACAACUUUAAUUCUCUUUUUUUGAAUCUGAAUUUCAUAAACUUUCUUAAAAGUUUCAAUUCUCAGUAAAAAAAGAGAAAAGAAUUGAAGGGUUUUUUUUUUUUUUGAAAAGCUUUAACAAUUCAUGUACAGCAAUCUCCAGAGCUUCAAAUAACUAUCAGCCAUGAAAAUCCCAUCUUCAUUUCAAUCUUUUAACCUUUGAAAAACCCUUUGCAGCAUUGGGAAUCAAAGCAAAAUUCUGUUGUUUUUGUUGACCCUUUUUUGUUCUAGAGGAAGAAAAGGAAGAGAAUGAAGCCAAUUCGUUGUAUAAUCAGUUUCUCCUUGUUGUUAUGGGCAACUUGGUUGGUGACUGUGGGUUCAGAUCUAGCUGCUGAUAGGGCAGCCAUGGUGGCACUUCGAAGAGCUGUUGGUGGACGCACGCUUUUAUGGAAUCUUUCGAGCAGUCCAUGUACUUGGACUGGUGUAAACUGUUCUCAGAACAGAGUCGUCGAGUUAAGACUCCCUGGAAUGGGACUUUCAGGUCAGCUUCCUAGUGGUAUUGGCAACUUAACGCAGCUUCAAACUCUUUCUCUUCGUUUCAAUGCUCUUUCUGGGUCUAUCCCUGCUGAUUUUGCCAAGCUUACUUCUCUUCGAAACCUUUACUUACAAGGGAAUCGAUAUUCUGGUGAGAUUCCUCUGUUCUUGUUCUCUUUGCAAAACCUUAUAAGGCUUAAUCUCGCAAGCAAUAAUUUCACUGGUUCGAUCCCUGAGAGUGUUAACAAUUUGACUAGGUUGGGUACGUUAUAUCUGGAGAACAAUCAUCUAUCUGGGUCGAUCCCUGAUAUUAAAGUGCCUUCACUUGUGCAAUUCAAUGUUUCUUUUAAUCAGUUAAAUGGUUCAAUCCCAAAAGGGUUAUCAAAUAAGCCUCAAAGUGCUUUUCUAGGGAAUUCUUUAUGUGGGAAGCCUUUGGUUCCUUGUAAUAGGACUGAAAGUAGUGGCAGUAAAUUGUCUGGUGGAGCAAUUGCUGGUAUUGUCAUUGGUUGUGUUCUUGGUAUUUUAUUGAUUCUGAUUCUAUUGAUCUGCUUAUGUAGAAGAAAGAGUGGUAAAAAAAUGGAGGAAAGGGAUGUUGCCCCUCCAAAACAGGCUGUGGUUGAAAUUCCAAGAGAUAAGCCUGCAGGGGAGAGUGGUAAUAGAAGCAGUGGGUUAUCUGGGGUAGUCAAUAAAGAAGCUAAGAGUAGUGGGAUUAAGAAUCUGGUGUUUUUCGGGAAGGCGUCGAGGGUAUUUGAUCUGGAGGAUUUGUUAAGGGCAUCUGCUGAGGUAUUGGGGAAGGGAACAUUCGGGACCGCGUAUAAGGCCACUUUAGAAAUGGGAGUGGUUGUUGCAGUGAAGAGGUUGAAGGAUGUGACGGUGUCGGAAAAGGAAUUCAAGGAGAAGAUUGAGGUAGUCGGCUCCAUGGAUCACCAGAACUUGGUCCCAUUAAGGGCCUACUACUUUAGUGCAGAUGAGAAACUUCUAGUUUAUGAUUACAUGCCUAUGGGCAGCUUGUCUUCACUUUUACAUGGUAACAGAGGAUCUGGAAGGACUCCAUUGAAUUGGGACACAAGGUCCGGCAUUGCCCUCGGAGCUGCCAGAGGCAUUGAAUACCUCCAUUCCAAGGGCCCUGGAAUCUCCCAUGGAAACAUCAAAUCAUCAAAUGUCCUACUUACUACAUCCUACGAAGCUCGAGUAUCUGAUUUUGGUCUUGCUCAGCUUGCUGGCCCCACAUCGACUCCCAACCGUGUUGAUGGCUAUCGUGCUCCAGAAGUGACAGAUACAAAUAAGGUUUCCCAAAAGGCUGACGUCUACAGCUUUGGUAUAUUGCUUCUGGAACUGCUUACUGGAAAGGCACCAACACAUGCCUUAUUGAACGAGGAAGGCAUAGACCUCCCAAGAUGGGUCCAAUCCAUAGUUCGAGAGGACUGGACCUCUGAGGUGUUCGACGUCGAACUUCUGAGAUACCAGAAUGUUGAGGAUGAUAUGGUCCAGCUCUUACAGCUUGCCAUUAAUUGCACCGCUCAAUACCCUGACAAGCGUCCUUCAAUGGCCGAGGUGAUGAACCAAAUCGAGGAUCUCUGUCGCUCCAACUCAGAGAAAGAGACUCAUUAAACCUGCAAUGCAUAUUAUGGAUCUCUUCCCAGCAGGCUUCCUCAGUUCUUACAGGUGCUCCACCGUCUUUCAGUAAAAGGACUGGGAAAAACAAUCAGCAAUCUUUUAUUUCUUUUGUCUAUUUUCAUUGCUCGCAUAGAUAGAGUUGUCGUUGCGUGUUUAUUCUUAGGUUCAUCAUCUAUAAGAAACAGUUGCAUUUUUCAUUUUUCCUUUGAUAUAUUCCUCUUACAUUGCCCAUAUUCAUAGCAACAUUCUUGGCGUUUCCCUGUAAUUUUGACUUGAUUGUGUGAAUGUGAAUAACUGUCUAUACCAUUUGGCUUGAAUGGAUGAUUCAGCGCAAGAUUUGCUUCAUUGAAA